AUGGAAGAGCAAGGGCAGCAACACCAUCAAGACCCAAACAGGAGCCAUAGCCAUGGUGCUGGUGGUUCUUCCUCUUCCUCUGAGAAGCAGAGUAGCGAACCGGUGCGCUCAAGAUGGACGCCCAAACCGGAGCAAAUACUUAUUCUUGAAUCCAUCUUCAACAGCGGCAUGGUUAACCCUCCAAAGGACGAGACCGUCAGGAUAAGGAAGCUUCUAGAGAAGUUUGGCGCUGUCGGCGACGCUAACGUUUUCUACUGGUUCCAGAACCGUAGGUCCAGAUCUCGUCGCCGACAGCGCCAGAUUCAGCAGCAGCAACAACAGCAGCAACAACACCACCAACACCAGCUCGGUGUUGGUGUUGUUGGGGUUGGUGUUGGUGGUGCAAUUCAGUGUGAUCAGGAUCACCCUGGUCAACCUGCACUCUCAGUAGGGAGUUCUUUGGGUUUCGGAGGUUCUUCUUCUUUCGGAGAUUCUUCUUCUUGUUCUUUUCAUCUUCCUCCUCCUCCGACUGGUGCCGUUGGCGGUUCUUCUUCUUCUUCAUCUUCCUUCGGUGGUGAGCAAGAAGCUAUGGAUAACUUCUUCUCUGGUGUUCCUCCUCCUCAUCAUCAUACUCCUCAAAUGGGGUUCCAGGAAUUUGAUCACACUUCAUCUUUGUUCCCUCAUGUUCCACCAAAUUUCACCUACAACUCCGGAUUUGGGGGCAAUAAUGUGUCAGGAUUCAUCACAGUGUUCAUCAAUGGAAUUGCAACAGAAGUUCCAAGAGGUCUUAUAGACAUCAAAACAUUGUUUGGUGAAGAUGCAAUUUUAGUUCAUUCUUCUGGAGUGCCACUUCCAACCAAUGAGUUUGGCUUCUUAAUACAGACCUUGCAGCAUGGUGAAAGCUACUUUCUGGUUCCAAAGCCAACAUAAGCAGGAACCGGUCGAUCCUGGUAGCAGAAAAAUGGAAGCUUCGUCUAAAAAUGUUCUAAUUCCGUAAUAUUUCAUAUAUGGAUCAAAAUAAUAGAGAUCUUAUUGUGCUAUG